AUGUUAAAAGUUCGACUGGAUUUCGUUGAAGAAGUUCUUGAUUCAUUUCGUAGUUCAUAUUGGCAAGAAGAAAAAUGCUGGUUUGUUGCAUACAAUAGCAAACAUCUCUUUUCCGUGCCUAGCUUUGCCGACCGCAAAGUUUCGAAUUACUUUCGACCACCUAUCCAUUCAACUACACCUAAUCCUACAAUCUAUUAUGAUCAAAUAACUGAUCUCAGCCUAUAUCAAGAUUCAAUAAAAAAUUGGCCUCGUCUUAAGUACGUCACAACAUUAGAACUCUACUGUCAUAUUCGUCAUUCAAUUCUUCAGACUGUUUUCAAUCUUAAUCGAAUACAACAUUUGAUUCUAUCUUCAUCCGUCGAUAGAUCUAUAGUAAUAUUAACUCUAAAUGAAAUGACUAAUCUCCGUCAUAUUUCUAUCUGGAAGAACGUGCCAAGAUUUCUUGAAUAUGUACGAAACCUUGAAAUGGAUCAAAUUCGAACGGUUGAUCUCGGAGGUGAUUUCGAUAUUAAAGAUCAUAAUAUCAUCGAUUCGCUUGGUUCUGUUUUUCCGCGUGUCGAACGUUUACGAAUACCACUCAAUCACGCCUGUGUAUGUCUUGAUCAUCUCAUAGAUAAUUUGAAAUAUCUUGCUCAAGUAUCAUUCUUUUGUAAUCGAAUACAUGACAUCGAUCGAUCAGAACAGUCUGAACAAUUGAAACAUGUGAUUCUCACAAAUAGUAAUUCCAAUUGUCGAUACGAUCGAUUAUUGAGAUCGAUACAUGUUUGGAUCGAUGAUACAUUGCAAAAGAUUUAA